UUGCUCAUUGAUGAUCUGUUGUGAAUUAAUGAACCACAUUAAUUGGCGCCAUUCUAUGGAUUCGCAACGAUGCCGAUUUUUUUUAGCGGUUUGCAACUUUGUUGUUUCGCUAUUUUCAGGUUUGUGAUUUUACUGCUUUCAACUUUCACGUUUGAUACGUUAAUAACUAUUACUUAUUUCACGUUUUAUAACUUUAUUGAUAACUCGUUUAUUUUAAGUAUUGCAACUUUGUUAAUUUUUUACGCAAUUUGCACUUUACAACUUCGUUGAUUUUUUCAGAUAUUUCGCGUUUCACAAAUUGUUCGGUUAGUUUUUUAGAUACUUUACGUUUUACGACUUUAUUGAUACUCGUUUAUUUCCGCGUUUUGCUGCUUUGUUAAUGUUUUAUGUAAUCCGCACUUUUUAAUUGUAUUUUUCUUUUUAUUUGCGUUUUCGCAACCUAAUUCAAGAACCUUGCAACUUUCUUGACUUUCGUUAUUUUUACAUCUAGAAUUUUGUUUAUUUUUUGUUAUUUGUGCUUGUAUAAUAUAAUAAACUUAAUCGUAUUUUCUCUUCAUCUCUAGAUUAUUAUUUCAUUUAAAGCUAUUUCAUUCAUUUCUUUGGUGCUUGGUACUAUCAUCCUGGAUUUGUAAGCUGAAACACCGAUACUAAGAGCAUACUUGUGUUUGCAAGAGAGAAAUUCGUGGAGUUGUUUGCUUUUACGCUUUAUUGUUUAUGUCACAUUAUCGAUCUUCCAGAUGCAAAGAAAAAUUGGAAGCUCUUUACAAUUUCACGUUACCACCAUCUACCGCCUGUUUAACUGCGACAAUAUUGAUAAAACUGAUAUUAUACACAAUAUGCAUUGUAAGUUUCAUCCUAUGUAACAUUAAUUAUUCGUAUCCUUCAAAUAAUAUAGAGCAUCAACGCCUAAUCUUUUCUACACUGCAACAGGAAUCUUUACGCUACUAUUCUGGCAAAGCACAUUAAAAUCAGACAGGAGUGUCUCCCAACUCUUUUUUGCAAGAUAAAUAAAUUAUACUGUGCUGCGCAACGAUUUUCUAUUAAUGUUUCUUCGGCCCCUGUAAACGACAUCUGGUAAUAUCUUAGAAUACUAAAACUAUGGAUCUAAGGAUAAGGGACUUUCUCAAGAGGAUUCAUAAAAAUUCAAUUAUUACGCCGUAACAUGGUAGGAAUUAUGAGAAUGAUACGUUGCGUGCAUAUUAUAGCGGAUGUGCACAGUGUCUUUCGCGACAGAAAUGCGGAUAUAACUUUCUGUAAAUAUAGACGACCCGUCGACGACAGUGUUUUGCGAAAUUUUGUCCCGAUAUCUUGUCGCGGAAAAAAACGUACAAUAUGUCUGAUCUAGUUCGUCGGCAACUGUCGAGCAGUAUCUUAAUUGGCGUAACGACAGAUACAAGAUAUAUUUAAUCGAAUAAAGUUUCGUCAGACGAUAGAAGUUUCUUUAAAUUAAGAAUAGUUUUUCGGUGAUAGUGAUUUAUCAAGAUCAAAAUAAAUUUCUUCGAGUGAAAGAUGAUUCUGCGACCAGCGUUCAAUAUAUUGACAAUUUGCGGAUGCUGGAGACCAAGCGGCUGGUCUACGAUAGCCAAAAGAGUAUUGUAUGGGAUACACACGAUACUCGUAUUCCUUUUGAUAUACAGUUUCUGGGCAUCGCAACUUCUGAACGUGAUACUGAACGUGGAAACGGCGGACGAGCUCAGCGAUAGCGUCUACAUGUUCAUCGCGAAUUGCUUGUCCUGUUGUAAGAUCGUUACGCUUCUGAUGAAUCAUGAAAACAUUAGAAUCAUGACGAGGAAACUCGAAGAGGAACCUUGCAAACCAAUCAACACCGCGGAGGUGACGAUUCAGAGAAAAUUCGACAAAAGAAUCGGGCUCUUCACGAUUUAUUAUACAAUCUUGGUGGAGAUGACGGUCCUUUGCAUGAUUCUGACGUCACUAUUCACCAACUUCCGGAAUAGAAAGCUGACGUACAGAGCAUGGUUGCCUUUCAAUUACACCGAUCAGAAUCUUUAUUACGUCGCUUAUAGUCACCAGCUGGUAUCUCUGGUCGCGGUAUCGCUGAUGAACGUGGCUUGCGACGUGAUUGUUAUCGGUCUGUACGUUCACGCGAGCAGUCAGCAGGAAAUCCUGAAGCACAGGUUGAAGGAAUUCACACAAAAAACAGUACCGGAUUUUGGAAAACUCGUGCAUUUCCACAACUUUCUCUACAAAUACAUUUCCACGAUACAAGAGACGUUCAAGGUGAUGAUCGGUGUGCAGUUUCUAUCAAGCACGUUGGUGGUGUGCUUCACCAUGUACCAAUUGGCAAAUACGCCGCCGACAAGCUUCAAGUUUUUGGAAUUCGCCAUGUAUAUGAUAUGCAUGACGACGCAAAUUUUUAUCUACUGUUGGUACGGAAAUCAACUUAAACUGAAGAGCGUUGAAAUCGUGGACACGAUUUCUCAGCUAGAUUGGGUGCCUUUCGCAAACACCGCUAAGAAAAACUUAUUAAUGAUCAUGAGAAGAACGAUGAAGCCGAUCAACCUAACUACUGCGUACGUGUUCACCAUUGAUCUGAACACCUUCGUCAGCAUCUUAAAAAUGUCCUAUUCGACGUUCAAUUUGCUUCAGAGAUCUGUGCAACUUCUUGUUAUUGCGUAUGUAGAAAUUAAGAAAGAAUUUUUGAAGCUCAUUAUGCCUAUACUACGAUGGGUGUUUGUGGUUCUCAGUGUGUGCGGUUGCUGGCGACCGCUUUCUUGGACGUCUAAGUCCAAAAAGGUUUUGUACACUAUAUAUACGGUUGUUUUGCUGUGUUCGACACACAUCGUGGCGAUAUUUCUAAUUUUGGAUUUAGUUUUAAUUGUUGAUAAUGCGGAAGAUUUCAGCGAUAAUUUGCACUUGACAGCGGAGUAUGUUGUGUCUCUUUGGAAGAUGGAUAUUUUGUUGAAGAAUCGUGAGAAUUUUGUAAAUCUGCUCGACACGCUUGAAACGGAACCUCUCGCGCCAGUGAGUACUGAUGAAAUCGUGAUACGAAAGAAAUUCGACAAAUUCGCAGAGUUGAACACGAUUGCUUAUGGAAUUGGCGUGUCGUUUCUUUUACUAGCGAUGUUUGCAACGGCACUCUUUUUAGACGACGAUCCAAGAAAAUUAGCGUUUCGAGUAUGGUUACCGUACAAUUAUUCCUCACCUCUUGUGUUUACCUUUACAUUCGUUUCUGAAGUAGUAAACGGUUCCAUCUGCUCGUUUCUGAACGUUGGCGGCGACAGUCUGUUCAGCGGUUUCUUGAUACACACGUAUUGCCUGUUGGAGAUAUUCCGACACCGCCUGAAGGAUAUGAACGAACCCGGAAAUUAUUCUUUAAAGAAGUGUGUCCGUCUUCAUAAUCGCAUUUACAAAUUUGCUACGAUGGUGAACGAAGAAUUUAAAGUAAUAAUGAUGAUGCAGUUUAUGGUGAGCACAACGACUCUGUGCUCUGAGCUUUAUCGUUUGUCGCAAAGCGAAAUGGGAACGAAAUACGUUGCGAUCGUACUCUACGCAUCUUGCACGUUCACGCAGAUACUAUUCUUCUGUUGGUAUGGGAACGAAGUUCGACUGAAGAGUCUCGAAGUUUCUGACAUGAUAUAUGAAAGUAAAUGGAUACCGUUGAAUCCUAGCGCUAAGAAGAUCCUCCUGAUAAUUAUGCUACGUUCGACGUCGCCCAUCGAAUUCACAAGCGCUCAAAUCCUCUCAAUGAACCUCGCUUCUUUUAUGGCGAUACUGAAGGCGUCUUACUCGGCGUAUAACAUGCUUCAACGCUAGGUAUAUUGCGACGAAAAUAGUCUUAAGGGGUUAGAUCUAGUCAGAAUUAUCAACAAAUUGAUUUUUCUUUUGCAUUUUCAUUUUUAUCAUGAAAAUAUUCUCUGCAAAUUUCAAGUUAAUCCGAUGAAUCAUUUUCAAGAUUUCCUAAAAUUACUAAAGGUAAUGUUCCUUGGUGCUCGUACCAACGCGCUGAACCAAACGAGAACACGUUUCUCAUAAUCAAAAUUAUAUGGCUCAGGAAUAGACGACUCAGUGUAAGUAAUGAAUUAACUAGUGUUUCUUAACAUAAACUAAGUGUAAAACUUUAAACCUGUUUUUAUCGAAACUAGUUUUCAUACCACUGUAACUCGAAAAUUACUCGACGGAUUUGAAUGAAAUUCGUAAAUAUUAUUCUAGGUAUAAAAAACCAUUUAUCGAACAAAGGUUUUCAUUUUGAUGAAAACUUCAAUUUUUAUAAACAAUAUAUAUGCGCAUGUUUUCUUGAAAAUGCGUAAGUAAAUGAUCAGACUACCAUUUUGUUAGUUUAAAAAAAAAGAAAGGGUUUUUAUUAAUUAUUAAACUAAUGAUUUUUGUGUACUGGAUUGAUUUUAGAUGAACCAGUAAAACGUUAUAAUGGUCUCCGCAAAGCACUAUUUGUAGAACAGGGUUCAACAAAUAUGGCAAUAACUCUGUCUACAAUAAAUAUUUUGUUUUGACAUUUUUGUCAAAUAAAGUUAGAACAUAACUUAGUAUUAUUUGUUUUAUAAAAUAUUUAAAACUGCUGUACAAACAAAAUUAUUUUAAAUAGCCAUUUUUUCACGUCGCAGACUAGACCUAACCCCUUAAAUCCCGAAGAACGAUAGAGACUGGGGCAAACAAGGAAGAAAAUGAAAUCAUAUACGUUCUGCAACUGUCUUAGAGUAUGUAUUGUUUCACACUAGGUGCGAAUAAGAAUAAAUUUUAUUACAAACAUUAAUGAUAGUUUAUAACUUGCCUUCGAUACAAUGACUUCCUAUGUCGUUUCUGAGUAGAAGUAAAAGUCUGCGAAUAACGUUAGGAACGUACACAAAAUGACUGUAGCAACUCCAAAAGCAGAACAAAGUAUCUCUCGUUGUUUAAACAUUUAUUUUCCAUUUUCCGUAGCAACAUUCGCCAUAUUUGAUUCCACGCAAAAUGUUACUUUGU